UGUUGAAUGAGUAUAUGUAGUAGAAAACUGCUCUUUGAUUAAGGCAAAACUGUUCUCUAAGCAACCACUCUGGCAGACUUAACGCUCAUCAUGCGGUCGUGGACGGCAAUAUUGCACCUUGCGGUAUUCUUUACUGCCCAUGCCACCUUGUCUGCGGCUGCUAAUAGCGAUGGCCUACUCUUGCAAGCCCUGCAGGUGGCAGAGGGUUGCUCCAAGUCGUCUCCUUGUACAUCUGGCUGCUGCAACAAGAACGGUUAUUGCGGUUACGGUCCAGACUUCUGUGAAACAACUUGUGUAGACACAUGUGACGCCGUGGCAGAGUGUGGCAAAUACGCACCCAAAGGCAAAGAGACAUGCCCGUUGAACGUCUGCUGCUCAGAAUGGGGAUUUUGCGGUACGGCGCCUCAAGAUGAGUUCUGCAACGAGAACUGCCAGAGCAACUGCAAAGCACCGUCGUCUCCGUCUUGUGGUGAAACGUCUGGUACUAGCGACGCAAAAACUAUUGGCUACUGGGAAAGCUGGGCAUACAACCGCCCCGACUGUCAAUCAUCUCCCGAGGACAUUAGUGCCCAGCACUUAACACACAUCAACUACGCCUUUGCUUUGAUAAGGGAGGACCAUCGCAUCGCUUCUAUGAACAGUUUUGAUGCAGCGCUAUAUCCCCGCGUUAUCAAUUUAAAGCAGACCAACCCUUCGCUCAAGGUCUUUAUCGCUGUCGGAGGCUGGGCCGCUAGUGGGCCUCCGUGGUCGAACAUGGCACGCACAGCAGCAUCGAGAGCAACAUUCAUCCAGUCUGCCCUUGAUUUCAUGGAUACCUAUGGAUUUGAUGGAAUCGAUUUAGAUUGGGAGUAUCCAGUGGCCAAAGACCGCGACGGACACCCCACGGACAAGGCCAACUACGUUAGCCUUGUGAAAGAGCUCAAGUCAGCCGUGCGAGGGAGGAAGGAAAUAAGUGUUGCUAUUCCUGCUUCAUACUGGUACUUGCAGAACUUUGACAUAGCAGGCAUGGCGCCCUAUGUGGAUUGGUUCAACCUCAUGAGCUAUGAUAUUCACGGUACCUGGGACGGGGACAGCGAAUGGACUGAAGCGGUUGUGCAGCCGCAUACAAACUUGACAGAAAUCGACCAUGGGCUCAGCUUGCUCUGGCGAUCUGGCGUGGGACCCGACCAGGUUGUCAUGGGGCUUGCAUUUUAUGGGCGCUCAUUCGAGCUUUCCGACCCAGGCUGUGCAAAGCCUAUGUGUCCUUUUGCUGGUGGCGCUGAGCCUGGUUACUGCAUGAAGACGUCGGGCGUGCUAUCGAACGUCGAAAUCAAGCGGAUCCUGGAUUCCGAAGACGUGAAGCCUGUGUUGGACAAGGAGGCUGGAGUCAAAUAUAUCUCGUGGAGGAACCAAUGGGUGUCGUAUGACGACGCAGAAACCUUGGAGCUUAAGAAGAGAUUCGCCAACGACCGGUGCUUAGUCGGCACUAUGAUCUGGGCCAUAGACCUAGAUGCUCCUGGCUCGCCGACACUGCGUGACCUUUCUCUUUCUGACUCAACAUUACUCAAGAAUCCAAAAAUCCCUGGGGGCGCUUUCAUAUCUCUACAAGUCAACAAGAAAAUGCAGUCACAGAGAGGAGCGGCAUUGUCUGUCAUUCUGACCGAGUGCUCCAACCUUCCGACAUGUCCCGCUGGGUAUCGCGCAAUCGGCGCAGCUGCUGGUCAAUGGGCUCAAUUCGGCGCGCCUGCUCCGGGUUGCACUGGCCGAAAGAAGCCUCGUCAAAAUGUCGACCUCCGCGCCAUUUGCAUACCAGACUCCCUGGAGUUUUCGAAUUGUGCGUGGGUAGGCGAUCCCCCCUUUUGUGGCAGCGGCUGCCCAAAGGGUAGCAUCCAGCUGGCCGCGAACAAUAUGCCUUGGUCAGGAGGCCAGACAGCCGAUACUUGCUCUCCGUACACAUUCUCCUCUUUCUGCUGCGAGGAGAUCCGCAUCACAGACGACACCCAGUUCUGCGACGACUACGACGUUGCUGCUGGUUUGCUGUCGGGCGGCUUCCCUGGCACUUUCGGCCCAAUGAACGUCGUCAUGCAAAUAGCACUAAGGAUGGCACAGGCGGGAGGCGCCGAGUUAUCGACCGAGAAUGACAAUAUAAUUGGCAGCGAGGCGGUCUGUGAGAGUCAUCGUCUUGGCUUACACAAGCGCGGCGACCCCGUUGGCGCGGUGGACAUGAAUUGGCUGGUGGGAGGCUAUGUCGACGAGACGGGCUUCUACUACGACAACGACGGCUGGGAUGACAGAAUCUGCGAGGCGACUGAGACCGUCACCACAACCUCCAUGACUUCCACUACAUCCACAAUGACGUGCGACGCACAGAAAAAUCCGAUCGCCUGCCACCACUACAAGUCAGCAGCAGCCGCUCUAUGGGAUCGCGAUGACCGUGAGGGUCCUUGCGAGAACUGUAUACUCUGUCCUUGGGAGAAGCCUAAGAAGAAGAAAAGCAACGAGGUGGAAAGGUGGAAAAACCAGCAUCGGCAGAAUUGGAGGGACUAUAUCGAUCGGGCAUCAGAGCUUGAAUGCGAGGCAGAUGAGUACCCAUUCGCCAGGUUCCGUGGCUUCCCCAAUACAUUGCCCCAGAGGCAGCUUAUCCGCUAUACGCCCAAGGCGCAAAAUUCCGACGCAGGACAGAUGGUCAAAGGUAUCUGUCCUGAAGAAAUAGAGUUUCACACAACUGAAAAGAUGAUUGACGAGGACAAACUCACCUGUACGAAGCAGGUCAUCUCCUCCAUGACACAGGUCGUUGCUACAGUGGAGUUUGCAGACUGGGACCCUGCGUGGGAUGAGGAGCCUGUUGAGGACUAUCUAAGCAAGAACCCAUGCACGCCCUUCUUCUCCAGGGCGCCCGGAGAGUUCACUGACGUGGGCUUCGCACUCCUGACCGCGGAUCCAUGGUAUGGCGGCCGCGCUCCUCAGUACGACUACAGGUAUCGCAUACCAAACGUUCUACUCGGCCACUGGGAGCGUGACGACGACGACCAAGUUGACAGUAACGAAGAUCAAGCUGGCGAUGACGACGACGACGGGCUCUACCUGCUCCUUAUCGAGCCAGGUUCUGUGGUGAUGGAAGAUCGCAACAGCUCGCGACCGGCAACCGAAGAAGAGCUACUCAAGUUGGGGCUAGUGGAGUGCGAGAGUCAAGGUUGUGCAAAAGAAUAUGCCGAAGCUGGUCUGCACGGAAACUGGGAGCCAGCACCUGCUCACGCUACUACCAGCACCACACAAGGCUCCAUAUCCAUGGAGACAAUGCACAAGGCGAUUGAUCGGGAAGCCACCGGUACACCGCAAGCUUCUGCGGCCUUACUCGGUGGUCAUAGUGCUCUUGUAUCACCCAAGACCAGAAUAACCACUGAUGCGGUUCUCGCCGCUGCGGUCACAGACCACCCAACGGUCAGGCACAGGAGACACGGACAUGCUAGGAGGCACCAGCAUCAGCAUCGGCAUCAUGAUUAGCACAGUAGAUGAGCAAACGCUAAGAUAUCAACUAAAACAGGCUACGUUAGGUGUGAUCUGGUGAGCCCCAGUAUCGCAAUAACCUCCUGCGUAGCUUGCAGCAUCUGGUCCUCGCUGUACUCCAUCCAUGUCUCCUCAUCUUCAACGACCUGUCGAUUAUGAUCCCGAGCAGCGGCAAGCUUUUCCGAGACCUUCCAAGCUUUGUCUUCGACUUGGUCAACAACUUUUGCCCAAGCUUCUCUUUGAAAGUUAUUAGGAUAGCCGAAAUAUUGACGAAGGAUGUUC